AUGGUGACAGCAAACAAGGCGCACAGAAGGGGCCUCAGGCGGGCUACUACCCGCGUCGCCGCCAUGAUCCCCCCUGCGGACUCUCUGCUCAAGUAUGACACCCCGGUGCUGGUGAGCCGGAAUACGGAAAAGCGGAGCCCCAAAGCACGGCCACUGAAAGUCAGCCCCCAGCAGCCUGGACCCUCCGGUCCAGUCCCACAGCCACCAAAGACUAAGCUCCCCUCAACUUCUGUCCCAGAUCCUACAAAGCAGGCAGAAGAAAUCUUAAAUGCCAUCCUACCCCCAAGGGAGUGGGUGGAGGACACGCAGCUGUGGAUCCAGCAGGUGUCCAGCACCCCCAGCACCAGGAUGGAUGUGGUGCAUCUCCAGGAGCAGCUGGACCUGAAGCUGCAGCAGCGGCAGGCCAGGGAGACCGGCAUCUGCCCCGUGCGCAGGGAGCUCUACUCACAGUGCUUCGAUGAGCUGAUCCGAGAGGUGACCAUCAACUGUGCGGAGAGGGGGCUGCUGUUGCUUCGAGUCCGGGACGAGAUCCGCAUGACCAUUGCCGCCUACCAGACCUUGUAUGAGAGCAGUGUGGCCUUUGGCAUGAGGAAGGCGCUGCAGGCUGAACAGGGGAAGUCAGACAUGGAGAGGAAAAUUGCAGAAUUGGAAGCAGAAAAGAAAGAUUUGGAGAGGCAAGUGAACGAGCAGAAAGCCAAGUGUGAGGCCAUCGAGAAGCGGGAGGUUGAGAGGAGACUGGUAGAGGAGAAGAAGCACAAUGAGGAGAUUCAGUUCCUCAAGCGGACGAACCAGCAGCUGAAGGCCCAACUGGAAGGCAUUAUUGCACCAAAGAAGUGAUCAUUUCCACAUGGGUCUCGGCGAGCACUGCUACCCCAUCCUAAACGCGUUGUAAUAAAAAAAAGCUAGUUUCCUGAGUGAACAGGCCAUACCCUCCCCCGAACCCCCACCUCCAUGUUUGUCAGAAGUCACACGUUGCCCCAGUGGCAUGGAACACAGGUCUGGCAGCCAGGCUCCUGGCUGGGCUGUAGAAGGCAGUGCAGCCAACGGUCUCUGUGCGUGGCCAGCCUUGGGAUUUGCCAACUCAGAAAGUAGGGCCUUUUGCCAUAUCCCUUGCAGGUGAGACAACUGCCUUCCCACCACUGCUCCCUCCUCCCAACUACUCCUAGCCAAAUGGGCCGCCUCCCUGUCCCAUCUCUGGUCCGUGAUGCAUCUUGUACCUGACCUUGGGCUGCUGUGGCCUCGGUCUUUCCCUUGAGGUCUUUCACCAUCCCCACCCCAGUGCAGUUGUAGGGGCUGCUGCAGGAGCUGUGCGUUUAUAUGAGGUCAUUUUACGCCUGCCCACCACACCCACCACAGCCUCUUCCCUAGUCUCAGGCUGCUCAGGUGAGGCAGCAAUGGCAGAGUCAAAGCCACGGCUU